UCUUUUCAAGAGUUUGUGGCAUUUGAAUCUGUUUUGUGUACUCCAGAUGCACUAUUCAUUGUUGCUUUUCAGUUAUUCGACAAGACUGGCAAUGGAGAAGUAACAUUUGCAAAUGUCAAAGAAAUAUUUGAACAAACUAUUAUUCAUCUUCAAAUCCCCUUCAACUGGGAUUGUGAGUUCAUUCGACUGCAUUUUGGACAUAACAGGAAGAAGCAUCUUAACUAUUCAGAGUUCACUCAGUUUCUUCAGGAGCUGCAAUCAGAACAUGUAAGACAAGCCUUCGCAUUAAAGGACAAAAAUAAAAGUGGUAUGAUAACUGGGUUGGACUUCAAUGAGAUCAUGGUUACCAUUCGUUCACAUAUGCUUACUCCAUUUGUGGAAGAAAAUUUAGUUUCAGCAGCUGGUGGAACUGUUUCACAUCAGGUCAGCUUCUCCUAUUUCAAUGCAUUUAAUGCGCUUUUGAAUAACAUGGAUCUUGUUAGGAAAAUCUACAGUAAUAUAGCAGGUACAAGAAAAGAUGUUGAAGUCACAAAAGAGGAAUUUGCCCACUCUGCAAUCCACUUUGCACAAAUUACACCACUGGAAAUAGAUAUUCUCUACCAACUUGCCGAUUUAUACAGUGUUACUGGGCGCUUAACUAUGGCAGAUAUAGAGAGAAUAGCACCACUGGCUGAAGGUGCAUUACCUUACAACUUGGCAGAACUCCAGAAGCAGCAAUCUUUUGGAGAGUUUGGCAGGCCUAUCUGGCUCCAGGUAGCAGAGUCAGCUUACAGGUUCACUUUGGGCUCAAUUGCUGGAGCUGUUGGUGCGACUGCGGUAUAUCCCAUAGACCUGGUGAAAACGCGCAUGCAGAAUCAGCGCUCCACUGGUUCAGUCGUAGGAGAGUUGAUGUAUAAAAACAGUUUUGACUGCUUUAAAAAGGUUUUGCGUUUUGAAGGCUUUUUUGGUCUUUACAGAGGCUUGUUACCACAGCUGAUAGGUGUUGCUCCAGAAAAGGCUAUUAAGCUAACUGUUAAUGACUUCGUCAGAGACAAAUUUACUAAGAAAGAUGGUUCCAUUCCACUUCCUGCAGAGAUCCUUGCUGGAGGCUGUGCAGGAGCGUCCCAGGUCAUCUUCACUAAUCCUCUGGAGAUUGUAAAGAUUCGGUUGCAGGUAGCAGGAGAAAUUACUACAGGACCCAGAGUCAGCGCCCUCUCUGUUAUAAAAGAUUUGGGCCUUCUUGGCCUUUAUAAGGGUGCCAAAGCAUGUUUCCUCAGAGACAUUCCCUUUUCUGCAAUCUACUUUCCUGUUUAUGCUCACAGUAAACUGAUGCUUGCUGAUGAAAAUGGCCAUGUGGGAGGACUUAAUCUCCUUACAGCUGGAGCCAUUGCAGGUGUGCCUGCUGCUUCUUUGGUAACCCCUGCUGAUGUCAUCAAGACAAGACUGCAAGUGGCAGCUCGCGCUGGUCAGACAACAUACAGUGGAGUUAUUGACUGCUUUCGAAAGAUUCUAAGGGAAGAAGGCGCUUCAGCUUUUUGGAAGGGAGCUGGAGCUCGUGUGUUCAGAUCUUCGCCCCAGUUUGGUGUUACUUUGGUCACUUACGAACUUCUGCAGAGAUGGUUUUAUGUCGAUUUUGGAGGCCUCAAACCUUCUGGAUCAGAACCCACCCCCAAAUCUCGAAUUUCAGAUCUUCCUCCUGUUAACCCUGAGCACAUAGGUGGAUACAGACUUGCUACAGCUACAUUUGCUGGAAUAGAAAGCAAAUUUGGGUUGUACCUUCCAAAGUUUCGAUCUCCUGCCAUCACCCCAGCUCAACCAAGUAGCAGCUGAGUCUUGGAACGAUGUUUCAGCCUAACAAAGUGAUGUGGUGGAAAAAAUUCACCAGAGUAGGAGCUGUAUUUUUUUCCAGUCAGCUGCAUGUUGUUCUAGCUGAACUGAGCUUGCAAAUCUAAUUACUCCUUUCUGAUAUUGAUCAUACCUGCAUUUAUUU